GAGAAUAAAAGUACACAAAAAAGCAACGCAAAGCAAGACCCUUCCCAUAUUUUCCUCCAUACCAUUACCAAAUACCAACCCAUCCAUCGAAUUCAAUUCUUCUUCUUCAACUCACUCAAAACCCAAUCCAGUGGGCGCCCCCUUUGACCCAUUUAACCUCAACCCACCCGUUUAAUAUUCAACUUCAUUACCCGAUUGCUUCUCCCUAUAAACCCCUCUUCACAAUUAACAAAAUCCCCAAAAGGGUUUUGCAAUUCAUCCAAGAUCUAUAAUGGGUUUUCCUCUUUUUUCCUACUUCCUCUGUUUCCUCUUGUUCUUCCCCAAUUUCUCUAUGCAGUCUUCAAGACGUGCGUCAGUGAUCAGGUUGCCGAAUGGUGAUUCGUAUGGUCAUCCGUUUGAUCCUACUCGGGUCACCCAAAUUUCGUGGCAUCCUAGGGCUUUUUUGUAUCGGAACUUUUUAACUGAUGCAGAGUGUGAUCAUCUUAUUCAACUGGCGAAGGAUAAGCUCGAGAAAUCGAUGGUUGCUGACAAUGAAUCCGGUCAGAGUAUUGAAAGCGAGGUUCGAACGAGCUCGGGCAUGUUUCUUAACAAAGCUCAGGAUGAAGUAGUUGCUGGUGUUGAAUCAAGGAUAUCGGCAUGGACAUUUCUUCCGGUUGAAAAUGGAGAGUCGAUGCAAAUAUUGCAUUAUGAAAAUGGUCAAAAGUACGAGCCACACUGGGAUUAUUUCCAUGAUAAGGCCAAUCAAGCGUUGGGUGGUCACAGGAUUGCCACCGUACUUAUGUAUCUAUCUAAUGUACAAAAGGGUGGGGAGACCGUGUUUCCCGAGUCUGAGAUAAAAGAAUCUCAACCAAAAGCUAACGAAGAUUGGUCCGAAUGUGCUAAAAGAGGUUAUGCAGUCAAGCCUAGGAAGGGUGAUGCAUUGCUGUUCUUUAGCCUUCACCCGAACGCUACAACCGAUGUAUUAAGCUUACAUGGCAGCUGCCCCGUCAUCGAAGGUGAGAAAUGGUCUGCAACAAAAUGGAUCCAUGUCCGAAACUUUGACAAAUCAGGUAGCACAAGUGACGACGAGUGCAAGGAUGAAAAUGUAAAUUGCCCAGUAUGGGCUGCUGCUGGUGAAUGCAAAAAGAAUCCUGUUUACAUGGUCGGCUCUGGUGAAGGUGUCGGGUAUUGUAGGAAGAGUUGCAAAGUUUGUUAGUAGAUCAUGGUUUCCCGUAUCUAUAUUUACAGAGUUUGUUAUGUGUAUUUGUUUUUUAUAUCCCCGCUAUCGUAUGAAUAUUUGCGUAAAUGGAGUCGUAUGUAAUGUGAAGUGGGGAAUGCGGGAAAAAGAUAUAUAAAGUUUUAGUUUUAUAAACGGAAAGUAGAUGUUACGAUAUCGACCUCAUUUGUUUCGA